UAAGUUAAUAUCAAAUCACAGCAAAAAAAAAAGAACAUCUAAAACGAAAAGUUAUGAAGAUUUGUAAAGACGUAACAACGAGACAGGCAAUUGUUGCUGCAGCCACAUUUCAACGGAGUCGGCCACUAAGUAAAGAAUCAAGUGCGGAAAUCGCGAUAAAACGACAUUAUGUUGCAAGUUACAAUAUUUUCAUUGGCAUUCUGUGUGCUUCUCAACGCUCACAUUAUAAACGGCCAAUUAGUGAAUAGUACCACCCUACAAGAUCCCGAAAUUCAGGAAGCCCUACAAUUCUCACAAUCCAUUGUAAAUACGGCACAAUUGUAUAUUCAAUAUGACUUACCCAUCGAAGCCCGGCCAGAAGGUGAAGUUAUUCUGGCACAGGUCAAACAGGGUCUGGCAAAAUGUGAAGCCCUCAUCGAUUCGAUACUGAAUAUUUGGGAAUACAAGCAAUGUGCCAGUAUUUUGCUAAGGGAUGCUAUGGCUGCUUUGUCAUCGUUGCAGGGAAAAUAUCGACCAUACUUGGCAUCGUCGGCUAGUCGGCCAUCGUUAUUUUGGUGAAGGAACAUUUUAAUUACAGCCACUGCAAUUUUAAAUUUAGUAAAAUUAAUUAUUGAAAUUAUAAUAUAUGGCUCAGAAGAGGUCAGUUGCGCCAAUAUGUUUUAAAAAUAAAUUUAAAUAAUCGGAAAAAAUGUAAGUGUAUUUUUCCAUGACUAUAUAUUUUCAGAUAAAUUCCAGAUUGAAAAAAAACACGAACUAAAAUUUGAAUUA